AUGCUGAGUAGGUUUUCAAGGCGUUGCUAUUGUACUUCUGUUCACCGUCCAUGGCUGUUUCUAGGAUUGGGAAAUCCCGGGGACAAAUACAAAGGGACUAGACACAAUAUUGGGUUUGAAAUGAUUGAUGUUUUUGCUGAGUCAGUGGGGAUUGAGAUGAAUCUGGUAAAUUUCAAGGCUAUAAUGGGACAAGGUUUCGUGGGUGAUAUCCCUGUUAUCCUGGCAAAGCCGCAAACCUACAUGAACUUGAGUGGUGAAUCAAGUGGAGCUCUUGCGGCUUAUUACAAAUUACCUCUCAAUCGUGUGCUUGUGGUGCAUGAUGACACGCAACUGCCAUGUGGUGUUCUUCGUCUUCAAGAAAAAGGAGGCCAUGGAUGUCACAACGGGUUGAAAAGCGUAAUGCACCAUUUCCGAGGCAACAGGGAAUUUGCAAGGCUACGAAUCGGAAUCGGGAAGCCUCCGGGACAAAUGGACCCAAAGGCAUUCUUAUUGCAGAAGUUCAGCAUGCCAACUCGUGAACGGAUGGAUGGAGCUUUAGCAGAAGGGGUGGAUGCUUUGAAGCUGGUCUUGUCUAAAGACUUUGGAGAAAGCUGGAGACUAUUCAAUGUGGAACAGAAGUACAAACACUUAAGACAACACACAAUUUUGGCAGCUUGA